AUGGCAUCUUUUGCGCAUCUCGACGAGAAGAAGAUAUUGCGCAAGAUGGACUUGAGAUUGAUUCCUAUGCUCGCGCUGCUAUACCUCCUCUCCUUUCUCGACCGCGGCAACAUUGGUAACGCAAAGAUCGAAGGGCUCACUGAAGACCUCAAGAUGACACCUGCACAGUACAAUUGGGUGCUAACUGCAUUUUUCUUCACGUACGCGGCGUUCGAAGUACCCAGUAAUUUGUUACUCAAGAAGUUAAGACCAAGUAUAUGGCUCCCGUCGAUCAUGGUAGCAUGGGGCAUUGUCAUGACGCUCAUGGGCAUUGUACAAUCCUACCACGGCUUGCUCGCUGCGCGCAUUUUUCUCGGUGUCACCGAAGCUGGACUGUUUCCCGGUGUUGCGUAUUAUAUCACAAUGUGGUACGCUCGCCACGAAGCGCAGUUCCGACAAGCACUUUUCUUCAGCGCCGCCUCGGUAGCAGGAGCCUUCAGCGGCCUCCUCGCCUUCGGGAUCGCGCACAUGGAUGGUGUUGGUAACCUCGCUGGCUGGCGGUGGAUCUUUAUCCUCGAAGGUAUAUUGACGGUGAUUGUCGCAAUUAUCGCGUUCUUUACGCUGUUUGACUUCCCUGAAACAGCGAGUUUCUUGACUGAGGAAGAGCGAGCGUUUGUCGUGUAUCGACUCAAGUACCAAGGACACAAAGAGGAGGCAGAUGGCGGCAUGAGAGUUGCGCAGGAUGAUACAUUUCAGUGGAAGUUUGUCAAAGCUGCUUUCCUGGAUUGGCAGAUUUGGACGGAUAUCUUUGUAUAUUGGGGGAUUGUGUGCCCACUCUACGGCAUUUCGCUCUUCCUACCCUCCAUCAUCAGAGGUCUUGGAUACAAAAGCUCGACCGCGCAGCUCCUGACGGUGCCAAUCUACGUCACAGCUUCCGUGCUCGCCAUUGUAGUAGCUUGGUUUAGUGACCGCGCUGGAAAGCGGUAUCCUUUCAUCCUUGUGUGCCUGUGUAUCAUGGCAGUGGGAUUCGUCAUGUGUAUCGCGGGCGGUUCGGUGCCAGGUCUCGUAUAUGCUGGCGUCUUCAUUGCCGCUUGUGCUUUAUAUCCUGCAUUUCCGGGCAACAUCACUUGGUUAUCGAAUAAUCUCGCUGGCUCGACGAAACGUGCGACUGGUCAAGCGAUUCAAAUCGCCGUCGGAAAUCUUGCAGGAGCCAUGGCCUCCAACUUCUACCGAGCGAAAGAUUCUCCACACUAUAUCCUUGGGCAUGCUCUUGAGCUUGCCUUUAUUGGGGCAGGUAUUCUCGCGUUGCUCGUAAUGGUCUUCAAUUACAAGAGGAUCAAUGCGAAGAGGGAGCGACAGUUGGCUGAGGUGCGGUCCGCAGAGCGUGAGAAAGAGCUUGGAAAUCUUGGCCAUUUGCGCAUUACCUGGUCUUUUCGCAUCAUUUAUACAUCUUGUACAAUUCUUGUUGGCUUAUUUUUACUUCGACUGUUCAGUUCUUUUUAA